UGUGAGUGUGUAAUCUCGGAUCGGUGAACUCAACGACUGGCCACGACUGCGGCUGUCGGAGAAGAUGGCGGCGGCGGGAGGAGAAGUUGCCGGCGCUUCGUCGGGAACGAGGACGAAGCGGCUUAAGAUUGCAGUCAUCCACCCGGAUCUCGGAAUUGGUGGUGCUGAGAGAUUGAUUGUCGAUGCGGCUUGCCAGCUUGCUGCCCACGGCCAUGAUGUUCAUGUCUUCACAUCACAUCAUGAUAAAAACCGUUGCUUUGAGGAGACUGUUUCUGGUUUGUUUCCAGUUACUGUAUAUGGAGAUUUCCUGCCCCGUCAUGUGUUUUACCGCUUUCAUGCUGUUUGUGCUUAUCUUCGCUGCAUUUUUGUUGCACUCUGUGUGCUACUCAGAUGGCCCUUCUUUGAUGUCAUAUUGGUAGACCAGGUUUCUGUUGUGAUUCCACUACUUAAACUAAGGGCAUCAUCAAAGAUAAUAUUUUAUUGUCAUUUCCCUGAUCUUUUACUUGCGCAACAUACUACUAUGCUUCGAAAGUUAUAUCGCAAGCCAAUUGACAUGAUUGAGGAAAUCACUACUGGUAUGGCUGAUUUGAUUCUAGUCAAUAGCAAGUUCACUGCAGCAACUUUUGCAAGGACUUUUUCUUGUUUACAUGCUAGAGGAAUCGAGCCUGGUGUUCUAUAUCCCGCUGUCUCUGUUGAGCAGUUUCAUGAGCCCCAUGCUUAUAAAUUGAAUUUCCUAUCAAUCAACCGGUUUGAGAGGAAAAAGAAUCUUGAUCUUGCCAUUUCAGCAUUUGCUUUGCUCCGUUCUGUUGCUUCGACUCUACCUGGCGACGCUCUGCAAGAAGCAACAUUGACAGUGGCAGGUGGCUAUGAUAAGCGUCUGAAGGAAAAUGUUGAAUACCUUGAGGAACUCAAAAGACUCGCAGUGACUGAAGGGGUGUCUGGACAGGUUAAUUUUGUUACAUCUUGCUCAACAUCUGAAAGAAACGAGCUUCUCUCCAACUGCCUCUGUGUUUUAUACACUCCAAAGGAUGAACAUUUCGGUAUUGUACCUCUUGAAGCCAUGGCAGCCUAUAAGCCUGUAAUUGCCUGCAAUAGUGGUGGCCCAGUGGAAACAGUUGUGAAUGAAGUAACAGGGUUUCUAUGUGAUCCCUCUCCCACAGAAUUCUCCAAAGCCAUGCUGAAACUUGUGAAUGAUCAUGAUCUUGCUGUCAGAUUGGGUGAACAAGCACGAGACCAUGUGGUGCAAAAAUUCUCAACCAAGACAUUUGGUGAUCUCCUCAACGGUUAUGUCCUGAAUGUCUAUCAUGAGAGGAUGGAAUGAUCUAUAAUACCGGGUCAGCCAUGCCUUGCAAAAAAAAAAAGUGUUGGAUACCGGGUCAUGAGAGCAUGGACUUCGGCAAACAGUACUGUAUCAAAUCAAACUAAACGUUCCUGCAAUUUCCAUCCUAAGCCAUGCCAUAUGGAAACAAUUUGUUCAACACAAGUUCUUUUUUUUUGCAUUUUUACAUCUAAUCCGACUUUAAUGUACACAAAUGAUGGCAAUGACAUUCCAUUGAAGCCCUUUGGCAUACUAUAGUCACUCGAUGAUCUGUAUAUUGUUUUCAACUAUUAAAUCAAAUUUGGCUUAGUCCAUCCUGUACUGCACCUCUAGAAUCUGGAAUGGAGCUGAAGUUUGUUACAGUCA